AUGGCCGUUCGCAAAGCUCCAGCCGAACCGUUGCUGGUUGUCUUAGGCUCUACAGGCACGGGCAAAUCCGAGGAGCGACACGGCAUUCCGCAUCAUCUUUUGGGCCAUAUCCCUCUUGACGACGCUCCGUGGGAUGUAGAAGACUUCAAGUCUCAAGCCACCAAGAUUAUACGCGAAAUCCGCGGUCGUGGAAACCUACCCAUUCUUGUUGGAGGGACUCAAUACUAUGUUGACCCGCUUCUUUUUAAAGAUGUAAUCCUUGACGAUGUGCAAACGGACCCUUCCUUGUCGUUUCCAAUCUUGGAGCAGCCUACAGAUGUGAUUCUGGAAGAGUUGAAGAAGGUCGACCCGGUUAUGGCGGAGAGGUGGCACCCGAAUGAUAGACGCAAGAUCCAGCGAUCACUCGAAAUCUACCUGCAUACAGGCAGACCUGCAUCAGAAUUAUAUGCAGAGCAAGAGAAGCGCAAAGCUGCAGCUGCUCAAGAAUCAGGGUCAAGUCAGCCUUGGGAGAAGUUGCUCUUCUGGGUUUAUUCAGAACGUGACACCCUGACUGCGAGGCUGGACAACCGAGUGGACAAGAUGCUCGAUAACGGGCUCUUGGAUGAGGUUCAAGAACUGUUCGAUAUGAAACGGAACAAAGCUGCUGAAGGCCAAAUCUUGAAUAUGACAAAGGGCAUAUGGCAGUCUAUCGGUUACAAGCAAUUUGAGCCUUACAUGGCUGCCAGAGAAGAGGGCAAAGAUUCAGCUGACCUUGAUAAGCUCAAAUCCAACGGGCUGGAGGAAAUGAAAGCGGCAACGCGCCGAUAUGCUAACUACCAAACCCGAUGGAUCAGACUGAAACAGAUCCCACGCCUCAAGGAGCAAGGCCCCGAGGCGCUUGGCAGCUUAUACUUGGUCGACAGCACGGAUGUCUCCAAGUUCAAAGCCAAUGUUAUAGAGCCUGCUGUCGAUAUCACAUCCAAGUUUCUCUCUGGGGAAUCGAGGCCGGUACCAACUGAGCUGUCGGACUUGGCCCGCGAGGUGCUUACACGAGUGGGUGAGCCUCCGCCAAAGGAAACCCCCUGCAAAAGGACGUGCGAGAUAUGUCAAACAGUCUGUGUGACGGAACAGGCUUGGCAUCGGCACAUCAAGAGUGCCGGGCAUAAGCGAGUCAUGAAAAAGAAGAAGAGAUUGGCGCUUGUACCAAUAGACAAGACUUCGGACGUCCAUUCUGACACUGAAGCGUCUUCGGAGCCCGAUGUAACCUCAAUCUUCGCCACUUAA